UAUGAGCCUUUGCGCUCGCCGUAGUCAGGUGAUCUGAACCGGACCUGCAGCCGGCAUAGAAACCGAAAGAUAGCGUUUUGGAAGUCUCUGGUUGCCGGACGCCGCGAUGGCUCCGGACCCCUGGUUAUCAAUAUAUGAUUCUACUUGCCAUACCGCCCAAGAGGUUGCUGAAAAAAUUCAAGAGCGCAACAGGUAUCAGAGGAAUGGUGAAAGUACAACUAAGCUCAAUGUUGCCAUCAGGUCACUAUUGCAAAAUCUCAAAGAAAAGACUGAUCGUCUGAAGGACCUGUUGCUUCACUCUGUAUCAACACGCCAAAUAACACAACUUGAAGGGGACAGACGGCAGAACUUGGUGGAUAACCUUCUCACGCGACACAGACAGCUUCAGGCAUCUUUCAAAAAUGAAGGCUCAGAACCAGAUGUGAUCAGGUCUAGCCUAAUGGCAAGAGGGAUUGGACAAGGAGUAACAAACCCAUGGCUUGUGGAGGAGCCUGAGGAAACGAGAGGGCUUGGCUUUAAUGAUAUCCAGCAGCAGCAACAGAGACUUAUAGAAGAGCAAGAUGCUGGUCUCGACGCCCUCUCUUCAAUCUUAUCCCGGCAAAAACAGAUGGGACAGGAAAUUGGGAAUGAGUUAGAGGAACAGAAUGAAAUCAUCGAUGAUCUUGCCAAUUUGGUAGAAAAUACUGAUGACAAGCUGCGAAGCCAAACCAGGCGUGUGAUGACGGUGGACAAAAAGUCAACUUCUUGUGGGAUGAUGGUGGUGAUCGUAUUGCUGCUGAUUGCGAUUGUCGUCGUUGCCGUGUGGCCCACGAAGUAAUCAGUGGAGAUGUCAUUUUGCAGCCACAGGUUAAGAGCAAUCGAAGGCAAGGAGAAUCUAUGUCAUUGCUGGCACAUUUUGUGGACUCUGUUGCAUCCAUUUAUGGACUCUGUUGCAUCCAAAAGAAGUAGGAUUUCAUCUUGCAAAAAACCUCUGUCCAGUAGGACCUUGUAUUUUCAAGAAUGUAGCUGGAACGAGACAGAUCACCUGUUCAACAGGAUAAAUGCAAAUAAUUCCAAAGACGUUGUCUCUGACUAACUCUCUUUGCUUUUGACCAUGCAAGGUGGAAUCUAUUGUUAACCUCUAGAGUGCCUGGUUAAAAUAUUGUUGUUUUCUUCCUGACAUGGCUCCUUGGAGCUAAAUUUAUUCCUCUUUCUGGAUGUCUUGCCAAUGGACCUUGGAGUGAUUCAGGGCAAACCACAGCUCUGCUUCAAGGACAGAACUGCACACUGGCAUUUGCUGGCAUCUUUCAAAUGCAGAGAAAUCUCAGAUAACCUUUGACUUGAGACAGGGAACAAUUACUACUGUUAAUCUAUACAGACAGAAGCAAAUAGAUAUUGGCUGGGAAAAGGAGAUGUUUUUGCCCCACAAUGCAGCAGUUGUCAUGCAUGAUAUGCUGUGUGGUGUAUCUCCUAAGUAUACUCACAGCAAGGAAUAUACAUGAUUACUAUACACAUACCUAAAGUUCCAAAAUCUGUCUUUUCUAUAUGUUCUGAAAAUAGAUGAGAAAGAUGAGCAAUACAGAAGAAAUAACUAAUGUUCAUUUAUCUCCAGAAAUUGUUAUUUUGCUUCAUACAUGCCAACUUAAUUGAUAGCAUAAUAACAAGACUGAAUAAAAGUCACUUCAUUUCUACAUUA